UUUUUUUUUUUUUUUUUUCCAGUGGAGGGGACAAUGGAAUAUAGGAGCUAUCAGCUAUUUGUAGUGAAGUGUGUUCGGGUUUGAAUGGUGUAGCGUUGUGUCUUAUGUGCCACUGCAUUUCGUCGUGAGGUAGUCUUGCGACUGAUACGUAUUUCGAGUGAUUGUGUGGUUGGCAAUCGAUACGCUUCAGUGCCGGAUCAGAAGAACGAAUAAAUCUGGAAAUCAGCAGGUGUAACGCAGCAUCCCCGCCAUGGACCACAGCAAGAAGCACACCAACCAGAACCCUUUGCUGAAGGCCAACCCCAUCUCCAAGCUAGUCUUCUUCUGGCUGAGGAAUUUGUUUUCCGUGGGACUGCACAGAGACCUGGAGCAAAGUGACCUGUACAAUGCUGUGCCCACAGACGAGUCAGACAGACUGGGAGAUGAAAUGGAGAUGCUCUGGAAGGAGAACAUCAAAUCAAAUUCCAAGAAAAAAAAACCACCGAGUCUUCUCAGGGUCAUCAUCAAAAUGUUCAAGUGGGAAUUCAUGAAGUCUGGCGUGGUCGUCUUGCUAGUAUCGUGUGUGUUCAGAGUUUCUCAGCCGCUGCUGUUGGCCAGCCUGAUCAACUACUUCUCCCCGGGCAGCACGACGACAAAGACCACGGCCUACGUGUACGCUGGCAGCCUGCUGGUGACGACCUUCGUCUCCACGCUGCUCUACAGCCACAGCAACAUUGCCAUGAUGGCUCUCGGGAUGAGGGUGCGCGUGGCGUGCUGCUCCCUCAUGUACAGGAAGAUCCUGCGUAUGAGCAGGACGGCAAGCGGCCAGACGACGACUGGUCAGAUCGUGAACCUGAUGUCGAACGACGUGAACCGGUUCGACCGUGCAUUCCUCAUGCUCCACUACGUGUGGAUCUUGCCGAUACAGACAGUCAUCAUCAUGUACUUCCUCUGGCAGUUCGUGGGCGUGGCUUCGUUGGUUGGCGUGGGCGCGCUCUUCCUGCAGUCUGUUCCAGCACAAGGUUAUAUGGGUAAACUGACAUCUAAACUAAGACUGAAGAUUGCAGUACGUACAGAUGAGAGAGUCAAGCUGAUGAAUGAAAUCAUCAGUGGCAUUCAAGUGAUCAAGAUGUAUGCCUGGGAAAAGCCAUUUGAGAAAAUGGUUGCAUUUGCACGAAGGCGCGAGAUCAACAUCGUAAAGCAAGCUUUCUACCUCCGUGGUGUCUACUUCUCUGCUAUGGUGUUUACAGAGAGACUGACGUUGUUCCUCACGCUUCUCACCUACGUUCUUCUGGGGAAUCAAGUUACUGCUGAUAAAGUUUUUCCUCUGGCACAGUUCUUCAACAUCUUGCAGCUGACUAUGGCAAUUUUCUUCCCUCAAGCUGUGCAGAUGGCAGCGGAAGCCAACGUUUCUGUAAAACGACUUCAGAACUUCCUUGCUAUGGAAGAGAUUCAGCCGAAACCUGUAACCAACGGCAUCGAGAAGAAAACUGAGAAGUUGGGCCUGAAACUCACCAAGGCCUCUGCGAAGUGGAUCCCGGACUCCAUAGCGUACACCCUGCACGAUCUCAACGUGAACCUGCCUCCCGGCAAGCUGUGCGCAGUGAUUGGGCCCGUGGGCUCGGGGAAGAGCUCGCUGUUCCAGCUGAUCCUAGGGGAGCUGUCGCUGUCGGGCGGCAGCCUGGCCGUCGAGGAGGACAUCUCGUACGCCUCGCAGGAGCCGUGGUUGUUCGUGGGCUCGGUGCGCCAGAACAUCCUGUUCGGCCAAGCCUACGAGCCCAAGCGGUACAAGGAGGUCGUCAGAGUGUGCGCACUGCAGCGGGACUUCGAGCUGUUCCCCAACGGCGACAAGACGGUCGUCGGCGAGCGAGGCGUCUCCUUGAGCGGGGGCCAGAGGGCCAGGAUAAACCUCGCUAGGUGCGUGUACCGGAGGGCGGACGUGUACUUGCUCGACGACCCCCUGUCUGCGGUGGACACCCACGUGAGCAAGCACCUCCUGGAGGAGUGCAUCAGCGGCUUCCUGGCCUCAAAGACUCGCCUGCUCGCAACCCACCAGCUGCAACACAUCAAGGAUGCCGACCUCAUCCUCGUCCUCAACAACGGGAGAAUUGAAGCUCAGGGCACCUAUGAUGAGUUGCUCGCGAAGAAGAUCAACUUCACCAACUUGCUGACCACCAAAGAAGAAGAGGAGGAAGUUCAAGACGCGCCCAUCCUGAGACGUCUGAGGAGUAGCAUUUCGGAGAACUCCUCGCAGGAUGGAGUUGAUGAAGAAAAUGAUAUCUUGGAACCGGAUGAAAACGAAGAGCUCCUGGCGAAAGGUGCCAUGAAAGCAUCAGUUUACAUGAAAUAUUUCACCAUCGGUGGAUCGUGCAUCAUUCUUACUGCACUGUUCUUGUCGCUCAUCAUUGGACAGUCAGCUUCAAGUGGAUCAGACUACUGGGUUACAUACUGGACAAACAUGGAACUCGAACGUUUCUUACAAGCCAACUGCGCUAAAGUUGGAAAUUUAACGGAAAUGACCUACAACGGAAGUGAAACGGCUGGCUUGUUCCUUGAUCCAGACGAACUAGAUGAAAAUUCAACUAUCGGUUUCACCUCUGAAGUUCCAAGUGUUACGGGUAUGCCUAGGUUCAACACUAACAACUCUGAUGAUUGUUCGAACUUUAAGCCAGUCCCGUUCAGCACAGAAGUCUCGCUGUACAUCUACGGAGCGUUUAUUGCCGGCAGUGUGUUGCUUACGUUACUUCGCUCCAUAUUCUUCUUUAAUGUGUGCAUGUCAUCAUCUGUGAACCUGCACAACACCAUGUUCAGCAGCAUCCUGCAAGGCACCAUGCGAUUCUUCGACACCAACCCGUCAGGCAGAGUUCUGAAUAGGUUUUCCAAAGAUGUCGGUACUAUUGAUGAAGUUCUGCCAACUUUUAUCCUUGAUACUAUUCAGGUUUUCCUGGUGAUGAGUGGUAUCCUGACCAUGGUUGCCAUAGUGAACUAUUAUCUCAUCAUCCCUAUGUUGUGUGUCGCUCCACUGUACUACUUGAUGGCCAGGGUGUACAUGCCAACAGCUCAGGGCAUCAAGCGGCUGGAAGGAACGACUCGAAGUCCUGUGUUCUCUCACGUGUCUGCCACUUUCAAUGGCCUGGCCACUAUACGCUCGGCGAAAGCCCAGGAUGUGCUGCGCAAGGAGUUUGAUUCCCACCAGGAUCUCCACACAUCUGCUUGGUACCUGACGAUCGUGAUGAUGACAGCAUUUGGCGUGUGGCUCGACUUCCUCAGCAAUGUUUUUAUCGGAGUGGUCAUCCUGAAUUUCCUGGUGGUUGAAACAGACGUUUUUGGAGCAAAUGUUGGGCUGGCCAUUGCACAGUCUCUCAUACUGUCGGGAAUGCUGCAGUAUGGUAUUCGACAGUUAUGUGAAGUUGUGAAUCUGAUGACAGCAGUUGAGAGAGUUCUUGAAUACACCAAGAUUGAUAAAGAGAAAGGCAUUGAGUCAGAACCAGGUAAAAAGCCACCGUCGAGCUGGCCGUACAAGGGUGCUAUUCAGUUCGAUCAUGCCUCGCUCAGGUACUCGGACACUGAUCCACCUGUUCUCAAGGAUCUGAACUUCAGCCUUGAACCAGCUGAGAAGGUGGGCAUAGUGGGUCGGACGGGAGCCGGCAAGUCCUCCCUCAUCUCGGCCCUGUUCCGCCUCGCCAAGCUGGAGGGCUCCGUCAGGAUCGACGGCCUGGACACCCAGGACGUCGGGCUGCACGACCUGCGGAGCCGCAUCUCCAUCAUCCCCCAGGAGCCGGUGCUCUUCUCGGCCUCGCUCCGGAGCAACUUGGACCCCUUCCAGACCGUCGAUGACGACAAGUUGUGGAGCGUGCUGGAGGAGGUGGAGCUCAAGGAGAGCGUGGAGUCCCUGGACUUUUUCGUGACAGCCGGGGGCAGCAACUUCAGCACGGGGCAGAGGCAGCUUAUCUGCCUGGCACGAGCGAUCCUCAGGAACAACAAGAUCCUGAUCAUGGACGAGGCAACGGCCAAUGUGGACCCCCAGACGGACGCGCUGAUCCAAGCGACCAUCAGGCGGAAGUUCAAGGACUGCACCGUCCUCACCAUCGCGCACAGACUCAACACCAUCAUGGACUCUGACAAAGUGCUGGUGAUGGACGCUGGGACCAUGGUGGAAUUCGGACAUCCUCACAUUCUUCUUCAGAACCACGAUGGUCACUUCUACAAGAUGGUUCAAGAAACUGGGAAAUCUAUGGCAGAGCAACUUGCAAAGAUUUCAGAGGAAGCAUACCAAAGAAUUGUAAGAGGUCCCGAUUACGUCGCUGAAACUCCGGAAGCCACUAGAAUGUGAUCGUGUUUGAAGACGUGGUAAAGCGUGACGUAGUUACGACUUUGUGAAAAUCCUGUAGCGAUGGGUUACAGUGCAUUUAGGGAAGGAAUUGUUUGGUGGUCUGUACGUGCUGUGCAUGAAAUGCCUGCCACCUCCAAGAUCUUCUCACAAAACUGAAAGUGAGCGUUCAAACUGUGUGCCAUAAUCUGUGAAUUCUUUAAUGUUUUUGGUCGGUGCGCUGAUGAUGUUGAGAUAGUAAUGGGUGGUAUUACAUGUAUGAUGGGUGGAAAACUUUUUUUUUUAUUAAAUGGCUUUGGGAAAAGACUAAUUGAAGCAAAUUUAUCCUUGUUAUUUUGUCCAAGAUGACAAAAGACUGGUGGUGUUCUCACACAAGAACAAUGAAACUUUGUAACACAGAAGAAAAAAAAGUUUAAUAAUUAAUUGUGAACACAAACAAGAAUAUUACAAGAAAAAGCUGUUCCAAUAUCACUAAACCAGCCUCGGACACAAUUAACAUUUAAAGUAAAGAAGGUUGGUUAGUAAAACGCCCUUGUUUAUCAUGACAACUGUAAAAAGUGUAGGUGUAAUGGGCCAAAGAACACUAAUUAUUUGUUACGUUGUGUACACUCACAUCUAUCUAAUAAUGAUUCAAGUACAGUUCUCUGCAGAAACAUGCACAAAAAAAUGAACAGCAUUCAGAGUUCUGGCACAAACCAUUUUUAAUACAUAAUUGGUACUUAAAAGCAUGAGCUUACCCAGAAUGUAAAAGUACAAGCUUCUCUAAAAAUGGAAAUUUUAUGUUGUGCUGUGAUAGCAACUUAAAUGUUCCUAUGUAAAUCAAGUGUUUUCUGCAAUAAUUUAUGCUUGUGUAGUGAAAAUGGGCUUUGUUGACAAUUUUAUUAUUGUUUUGGAGAAAUAACAUAAGUCAGCAAGAUGGGUGAUUAUCAGUUAAACGGUUUUACUAAAAUGACUAGAGACAAGAUGUGAUGGGGUUACUUUGAGGUUCAUUUUUGUUUUUAAAAUACUAGAUUUUGGUGUUAUUGUUUUUAUUUUCUUUAUUUUUUGAUUCAUAAAAAUGGCAUAUGCAACUAAAAUAUUUCUUAAAACUUAUUUCUCCAAAAUAGUCUUAUUUUCAUUGACACAGUUAAAAAAUAAUUUGUAAUAAGAAUAAGCAUGUCUAAAACAAAACUACUCAGGGAAAGAAUCUGCAAUUUUUAGUGUUUGAAAAAUGUGCCAACCUGAUUAUUGUUAAAUGUUUACUAACAAGUAAUAAAGAGACGCAAGAUCAAAAACAUAAAAAAGAAUUAAUAUACGUGUUUAGUUUAUACAUUUUGGUACAAAAUACAUGUUUAAUAAUUAUGUUCAAUGAAUUGACCAUAGUUAGUAAAAGAUAAAAUUUUUGUAAUUUGAGUUAGUUUUGUCUGAUUGCAGAUAGUUUUCCUGUUUUUAGAUACAUUUUGGUGCUAAAUGGUGUAUUAACUUGCAUUUCAGUGUUAUAUGUUAUAUUGACAAGCUUUUCCAUGUUAUUUAUGUUCUAUUUUAAUUCAUAAUAUAAUCUUGUCCCUGUGACAAAAACCCACUUUAAUGUCCAGAAAAAUGAUUUAGAUUCAUUCAUGGAAUGAUACAGAUUUUGGAACUGUUAAAUUUUGAAUUAAAUUUUUUUUUUAACUUUUUUCCCUUCAAUAUUUUAUGACAGUAGAACAAUUUUGUAUUUUAUUUUUAAGAAAUUUUUCAGUGCAAAAAUUAAAUUAUUUUGCAGCAAAUCUAGUAACUAAAAAUGUUGAUUGCCAACCAGCAUAUUACAUUUAAUUGUUUAAAGUAUUUUGUUUGGAGUCUGUAUAUUUUAUUAGUUUAUUUAUUUUGAAAAAAUGUUACAAUUUUUUAUUGGCUUGUCUACUUAUGAAAAGUACUUAUUUCAUGACCUUGUAAAUAACAAUUGUCUCUAAGUAAGGACUAUUUUUGAGAACAUAUUUUUAUUUUUAAUGUACAGAAUGUCGUUCCUUAAAAAUUAAGUUGUUAAUUUUCUACCAUAGCUGGUUGCAUAAGUUGCUACAGAAAAAUAUUUGUUGGACCGUAAUUAGUUAUUCUUAAACAUUCUGAUGUAAAUUUAUUAUAUUUUAUUCAUGAGAAUGGUGCUUGUUGUGUGUUAAUUGGUGCUAAUGUAAGAACUUGAUAAUAAUGUACUUAAUUUCAAAACCAGAUUUACCUAUGUCUAUGUGUAAGGGAAAGUUUUACCAACUAAGGUUAAUUUUGCUACUAAAUGGAGACCAAGAAGAUUCAAUAAAGUAAGCUGAAGUUAUU